AUGUCCACCACCACCGCCACCGCAACCACCUCCGCCGCGAGCUGCACCUCAACCGGCAACCUGUACGUGCUGCCCGUUCAGGACGCGGCGUGCGCCAUCCCCAACACCAAGAAUGCCAGCGCAAUCAUGGACAAGUGCUGUUCGCCCGCCAGCCCAACCAAAUACGACAACGACUGCGGAAUCUACUGUCUGGCGCAGGGGCAGGAUGUGAAGGAGCUGCUCUCUUGCAUUCAGUCUAAUGGUGCCGUCGAGGAUCCCUUCUGCUCUGGAAACUUGACUGCGACGGCGACGGCGAGCGUGACGGGGACCAAGGCGACGGGGUCGACGAAGACGGGGACGAGUACGGGAAGUGCGGCGAGUGAGACGGGGUCGUCGGCGGCUGUGCCGAUGAAGCAGGCUGGAGUUAGUAAGGUUGGAUUGGGGAUGUUGGGGAUGGUUUUGUGCAGUGCUGUUUUGGGGGGAUUUUAG